UGUUUUUUUUCUGUCCGGGUCAGCAACGACUGAGUGGAUCCAAUGAGGUGACGCCGCGUUCCGGGCCCGACCGAAGAACUCAAAGCCGGUGAUAAACUGGCCUGUAACAACCCACGAAGGCAUUUUACUCCAAAUUGGCUCAAAGUGGUUGUUUCAUCGCAGAAGAAACACGAAAGGACGCAUUGUAUACAUUGAAGAAAGAUCAUCAUGGUUGAGACAAAGCUUCCAUUGGCUGCUGUCUUCUGCCUGGUUCUAGCAAUGUUCCCUUCUCACACAGGUGCUGUGGCUGUCAUGUCGAUAGAUGUCGGGAGUGAAUGGAUGAAGAUGGCAAUCGUUAAACCUGGUGUGCCAAUGGAAAUUGUUCUCAACAAAGAGUCGAGGAGGAAAACACCUGCGGUUGUAUGUCUCAAGGAAAAUGAGAGGCUUUUCGGUGACAAUGCUUUGGGAGUGUCUGUGAAGAACCCUAAAACUGUCUACCGACACCUGCGAAAUCUCAUGGGAAAGAAACACAACAACCUACAAGUAGCGCUUUACCGGAAACAGUUUCCUGAGCACCAACUGCAAGUUAACCCAGUUCGAGACACCGUUUACUUCAAAGAUUCAGAGAAACUGCAGUAUACACCAGAAGAGCUUUUUGGGAUGAUGCUCAAUUAUUCUCGUGAACUGGCUCAGGACUUUGCAGAACAGCCAAUCAAAGAUGCAGUUAUCACUGUUCCAGCCUUUUUUAAUCAGGCAGAACGAAGGUCAUUCCUGCAUGCUGCACAUAUGGCAGGUCUGAAGGUCCUUCAGCUCAUCAAUGACAACACAGCCGUGGCCUUGAAUUAUGGAGUCUUUAGAAGGAAAGAUAUUGACAGCACUGGCAAGAACGUGAUGUUUUACGAUAUGGGCUCAGGCAGUACAACCGCUACCAUUGUCACAUAUCAGACUGUGAAAACAAAGGAGUCCGGCACCCAGCCCCAGUUGCAGAUUCGAGGUGUUGGGUUUGAUCGUGGGUUGGGUGGCUUUGAGAUGGAUUUGCGCCUCCGGGACCAUUUGGCUAGACUGUUCAACAAGCAGAAAAAGACCUCGAAAGAUGUGAGUGAGAACCACCGUGCUAUGGCUAAGCUACUCAAGGAGGCGCAGAGGCUCAAGACAGUGCUUAGUGCCAACGUAGAAUUCAUGGCCCAGGUCGAAGGUUUAAUAGAUGAAAUUGACUUCAAGGCUAAGGUCACCAGAGCAGAGUUUGAAGACCUGUGUGCUGAUCUAUUUGAAAGAGUGCCUCACCCGGUGCAGGAUGCCCUCACUGCUUCAGAAAUGAAUCUGGAUGAAAUUGAACAGGUGAUUUUAGUAGGUGGCUCUACCCGUGUCCCCAAGGUUCAGGAAGUGCUGCUCAAAGCAGUGGGGAAAGAGGAGUUGGGAAAAAACAUCAAUGCAGAUGAGGCAGCAGCCAUGGGAGCAGUAUAUCAGGCUGCUGUUCUAAGUAAGGCUUUCAAAGUCACGCCAUUCCUGGUCCGAGACGCAGUAGUCUUCCCCAUUCAGGUUGAAUUCACUCGUGAGGUUGAGGAAGAAGGUGCCAAAGCUUCGAAACACAACAAACGUAUCCUCUUUCAGAGGAUGGCACCCUACCCCCAGCGAAAGGUCAUCACAUUCAACCGCUACAAUGACGACUUUGCUUUCAACAUAAACUAUGGCGAUCUCAGCUUCUUGUCACAUGAAGAUCUCAGUGUGUUUGGCUCUCUCAAUCUGACAACAGUCAAGUUGUCUGGAGUGGGUAGCAGCUUUCGAAAGCACAGAAAUGCAGAGUCAAAGGGCAUCAAGGCCCACUUCAACAUGGAUGAAAGUGGAAUUCUCCUACUGGAUCGGGUAGAGUCUGUUUUUGAAACCAUUGUGGAGGAGAAGGAGGAAGAAUCUACAUUAACCAAACUGGGUAACACAAUUUCCACAUUGUUUGGAGGAGGAUCCCCAGAACUUGCCCCAAAUGUGACUAAACCUGUGCAGGAUGAGGGGGGUGAAUCUGGAAAAGAGGCAAAGGAUGAGAGUAAAAAGGAUGACACCCAGAAGGAGGAGCGUACCACAGAGGAACCAGAGAAAAGUACCACAGAGGAGAAAAACCAGGAGAAGACAGAAGAUGCAGGCCCCUUGAUGGAUGAGAAGGAGGAAAAGGACAGUGAAAAGAAAUCUAAGGCAGAGAAGGACGAUGAAAAUGUGACUAAACAUUUGAAAAAGACAAAGAUCUCAGAAGACAUCGCAAUGGAGCUCAUCAUCAACGAUGUCUUGGAUCCCACUGCUAAUGACCUUAAUGCUUCCAAAAAGAAGUUGCUAGAUUUGACAGAUCGAGACCUGGCCAAACAAGAAAGGGAAAAGAUGCUCAACAGCCUGGAAGCUUUUAUUUUUGAAACUCAGGACAAGUUAUACCAGGAGGAUUACCAGCUGGUGGUGACAGAAGAGGAGAGGGAACAGAUUUCAUCAACGCUAAAUGAAGCGUCUGUGUGGAUGGAUGAUGAUGGCUACUCUGCCACCACCAAUCAGCUCAAGGAAAAGCUUUCACAGCUCAAGCAUAUGUGCAAGGACAUGUUUUUUAAGGUGGAAGAGCAACGCAAAUGGCCUGAUCGCCUUGCCGCACUGGACAGUAUGCUCAACACCUCCAACAUCUUUCUGCGGAGUGCGAAGCUAAUUCCAGAGGAUGAUCAAAUAUUUUCAGAGGUUGAGCUGAAUAUGUUAGAAAAAGUGAUCAGUGAGACAAUGACAUGGAGGAAUGAGACUGCCGCCGAGCAGGAGAAACGUUCUCCAAAAGACCAUCCAAUUAUGCUCUCAAAAGACAUUGAAGCAAAGCUUUCCCUGCUGGACAGAGAAGUCAACUAUCUGCUCAACAAGGCAAAGUUUGCCAAACCGAAGUCUAAAGCCAAGGCCAAGAAUACCACCAGCUCUGACAAAAGCAGCACAGCCAACAGCACAGCUGAACAGAAAGUCAUCCCUCCUAAAGAGGAGAACGCUGACAAAACCAAUGAAAGCCUAGAAGACAAGCUGCCAGGUGAUGCUGUUCCCACAGAGGAAAGCGCUGCUCAGAUAGAAUCUGAUAGCCAAUCACAGCUCCAGAUAGAAUCUGAUAGCCAAUCACAGCUCAGAGAAGAAUCAAAAACAGGAACUGAGAAAGCCAGAUCUGAGAACCACAUAGAAGAUGAAUUAUAACAAUUGGAACUGGGAAAAUAAUCACAAUAUUUAUUGACACUGUAAAUGUUGAAUUUUUUCAUUUUUGUUCUGAUGUCCAUUUGUUGAACAUAUGUGCCGAUUGGUUAGCUGGAGAUGGUCUCCUUUUUCUCACAUUGGUCUUAACAGCAUACGCUGUGAUGAAGAAAUUGAAUUAACUGCAAAGUUGUUGUUUUUUUUGUUUUAGUGAGGUGUAUUUUUCUUCAUGUGCACUGUAUUUUUAUCCAUAUCGUCGUCAUAUACUGACACCGAUGUGAACCCUCUCGACAGACCAACAUGCAAUAAACUAAAAGAAUUAAACAUAAAUAAAUACAUUUGUAAAAUUUCA